ACACACACACACACACACACACACUCAGAGGGAGGAUGAUGGUGAUGAUGCUGCGUCUCUCAGACAACAGAGUCUGAACACAGAAGCUCCAGACGGACACAGACACUCCCGCACCUCCGUCUGAACGGAAACACCGAGCACCGGGGCCGGCCGGAGGAACCACCACCACCGGGGACGGGGCUGCACCUCCCUCCACCGGGGCCGGGGCUGAUCUUGCACCGGGGCUGAAGCUGCUCCCCGUCGGGUCUGUGCGUGAUCCUGGUCUGAGGAUGAAGAAAAGCGCGCAGAGCAGACGAGGCGUCCCAGACUCAGGUCGGGAGGCGGUCCAGCAGCCGGAGAAGGUGGGCUGGAUCAGGAAGUUCUGUGGCCGAGGAAUCUUCAGAGAGCUGUGGAGGAACCGCUACGUCGUCCUGAGGGGAGACCACCUGUACAUCUCCGACAAAGAGGUGAAAGAUGAGCGGAAGGCGCAGGAAGUGUUCGAUCUGGCGGAUUAUGAGCGAUCUGAGGAGCUGAGGAAAGCGAAGAGUCGCAGCAAGAAAAACCACAGCCGCUUCACCGUCCUGCGCUGCAGACAACCAGGAAACACUGUUCCCAAUCUUGUGUUUUUGGCGGUUAGUCCUGAAGAAAAGGAGUCAUGGGUCAACGCUUUCAAUGUGGCCAUAAUCAAAGCCAAGAACCGGGUUUUAGACGAGGUAACCAUCGAGGAGGACAACACAUUAGCUCAUCCAACCAGAGACCGAGCCAAGAUCCCUCAUGGACGCCGCCUCCCCACCAGAGGACACCUCAUGGCUGUGGCAUCCACCUCCUCCCAUGGGAUGCUGACUCUGGACCUGGUCGCAGAGGAGGACUACGACCCAGAGCACAGUUUCCGUGUGGAGCUGCAGAGGGGUGGGUCAUGUGGACAGGUGGGGGCUGUGGACUGUCGGGUGGUCGGUGGUCGUCAGAGAGCCGGGACAGACGUGUCGAAGUUGAGAGCCACGUCCAAAGAGCCCAAAGUGAUGACCGGCAGCCUGCCCAGAGGCAGUGAGAGGUCCUGGGGUAAACAUCCCCACAUGGAGGCCUCCAAGGCUCCCAAGAACCAGCAGAUACAGGCCCUCCAGGCUCAGUCUCGGACUCCUCAGCCAGGAAAGAGGUUCAGUAUGCAGGGCCGGAGUCGCUGUGCCUCCAUGGAUGAAGUCCUGUCCUCCAGACCUGCGAUGAUUCGUUCAGAGCUGCGAUCGGCUCUUCGUCGUUGCCCGACCGAAGAGGAGGCGGGGGGUGGGGCCACGGGUCAGCCGGUGGGUCAGCUGCAGAGUCUGAUUGCCCAGAGGAUGCAGAGAGCUCAGGAGCUUCUGGAGGAGAUGAGGCUGCAGGAGCUGCAGAAGGCCAAAGCAGAGAGAGAGCGAGGAGGCAGCUCUCCUUAUCUGAAGAGCAUCGACUCACCUCGACUCCAUCACCUCCGAGGAACCGACUCUCCUCACUCCAGCAGGUCAUCUGGGUCUUCAAGGAGCAGAAGCAGCGACUCUCCCCGUCUCAAAGGAAAAGACUCUCCUCGUCUGAGAGGAAGAGAGUCUCCUCGAUCCAAAGCCAAGAAGAAUCGUUCCAAAGCCACUGAGUCGCCUCGCUCCAAAGGAUCACAUUCUCCUGCCGCCAAAACAAACGACUCACCUCGACUUAAAGACUCGCCUCAAGCCACCACCAACAGCAGCGGCAGCAGCAGUAGUUCUCCAAGAACCAAGAGCUCCGACAACAUGUCUUCACCCAAACUGAACGGAACAACUGAUAAUGUUAACAGAGAUGAGAAUGCUGCUGUUCAGAAGACUCCUGAGUCGCCUCCAAACUCGUCAGUGGUCAAAGGCUCGGAUUCUCCUCAAGGUAGCCAAUUAGACUCUCCUCGUCUGCUGAGCACAGAGUCUCCAAGUCCAAACUCCCCAACUAUGUCACCACCCAAAACCCCUGAAAAGCCUCAUGAGUCACCCCCACUGGUGGCCUCGGAGGAGGAUAUGGAAGUGGAUGUGGAUGAGGAGGAGGAUCCUGAGGUGGAGGUGGUGCGGCGAAGGGUUGAGGCUGAGCGUCUGCUGGAGGAGGCGGUGUCUUCCUGGAAGGAGGCGCAGGAGGUUCUGCAGGAGGUGAAGGAGCUGCAGAGUCAGACACUACGACGCCAGCGCCGCAGGACCUACGAGAAGAUGACCACGCCGGCAUCAGCAGCAACCGGGUCACCUACUGCAACCAUGGCAACAGAGGAGGAUGACACUCCUCCCACACCCACAUCACCAGAGGAGGAAGAUGAGUCGGAGACACCUUAAUCUGGGAAUCAUUUGUUUUGUUUUGGAAACAGAUAAUUGAGUUUUGGUUUAAUUUUGAAACCAAAUGAACCAAUGAUCCUCAGAUUCACCACGAUGAGGAUUUUACUGAUUGAUUAUUGAAUUUUCUCAAUGAGAGUAGCAGCGUUUUUCAGCAUGCUUUGUUACAAACACUAAACAGCUUGAUUUGACUCUUUCCGUAUUUUUAAUGUGUGACACGUGUGUGUUUGAUGCACAUGAACAUGAUCUGAAACCAGCGCUACAGUUCUUCCGGAGGUUUAAAGUCCCUGAAGUGCAACGCCCUUCGUCUUCUGCUGCUGUUUGAUUCUCUAAAUGAAUUUUUAAUGCAGAGGCGUCACGUUCAGCUUCUCUGAUGUUGCUGCACGUUUUCUCCUCUGUCUUUAUUUGCCGAAAGUGAAGUGAAAAAGCCUCUCAGGGUUUCUAUUUGAGGAAAGACACAUUUUUACCCUGUUGUGAUGUUUUUGAAGGAAGAUUUUAGGUUUUUUUGGGAAUGAGACGAUUUCUGAUUCAAAGGUACAUUUUUCCAAGUAAAGAUGUCAACAUUUUUAGGACGGAAAACUUUUUUAAUAUGACUCAAAAAGGCACUGAAGAGCACUAUGUUUCUUAUGAAGUGGGGUCAAUUUCUUGUAAAUUUCAUGUUUUUAAACUAAAAUGGACUCAUAUUGGCACAGAUUAUGAUGAAGUGACUUGACUGAUUUGUUUGCCAAAAUACAGAAUAUGAUGUCUUCUGUCUUUUACAUGUGCAGCCCCCGGUUUUGCCAUAAACUUUGUAUUUCUACUAAAAGCUCAGUUCUGGUGUUUUUACCUCAACGUAAUUUAAAGAUGAGAGUUUUUCAGACUAAAAACAAAAUCAGGGAGUGUGUGUUUAAUUUACUGAGCAAUAAACAAAAAAUGUCUUCUCUAACUGUGCAAUAAUAUUUAAUUUGCUUUGUAGUAAAACUCUUGAACAAAAAUCUGAAGUUAAAGAGUUCAUUUAGAAACAGUAACGUCAGGAUCAGGCUGAUAUUUGUUGUUUUAUGCUGCAUCUUUAAAACAAUGGUUUCAUUUAUUGAACACAGAUCAGCUGAUUGUAAAGUCUGCGAUGGCUGAUUGGAAAUAAAUUAGGAAAAACACAUUUAAUGAACUGCAGGAGGGGGUAACAUUUGGAGAAAAACUAAAGCCAGUUUUUGUCAUGUUGUUGUGGUUUUGUCGCUGCAUGGAUUCGACUUCAAUAUCAAAGAAUAUUCAAGUUUUCCUUCUUAUGCAUUUAUGAGUUUUUCAAGCAGAUUCAUUUAAUGUCAGUGAAUUCUCAAAGGUUUUUCUUGCUAAGUUGUUUCUCCUAAAUUUAAAACCAGAAUCUUACUUUUUCUCUGAAUACCACCCACCUCCCACAGCUCGUAACUGUGUUUUGUUUUUUUAACCUAAAUCAGCUCUGAUUUGCUGUCGCAGCACUGCCUGACCAAUACACAUAGUAAUAUACUAAAAUGAGUAACGUUGCACUUGCUAACAUAUGUAUUACUAACAGACUAAUACACAGACUAUUAACAGUGAUACCUGUGGGACUGUGAGAUAAAUAACUACAUGAUUAUGUAUUACAGCAGGAUUCUUUAAAUGUAUUUACGUGACAUAAGCACACAACAUCUGUUAAUGUAAUAAUAAAAAAGCCGCAGAGCCCUCUGGUGGACUGACUGUAUUAGGACAUAAACUCCUACAGAUACAAGAAUAAACAUGAACAUUAUUUUAUUUAUGUCAGCUGGUUUGAAAUAAAGAUCUUUAUCUGUUUUAAAAUAAUUCUCUAUCAAAACAAAUUAUUGGUCAACAAAAUAUUUAACAAACUCACAUAUAAAUAAGGAAAAUAAUGCAUUAAAGCAGCAGCUGUUUGAAAUUGAAACAUGCACUUUUUAUUGAUUGGUCAGUUUUUAUUGAUCAGAUUCAGCUGAUAAAUAAACUGUCUCUUUGUUGUUGUUGUUAUUGUUCACUCUGAUGUAAUAUUUAUUCUUUUUGUCAGUUUUUGCACUUUUGGUCUUGAAUACUGGUGAUGACGAUGAUGUUGAUGAUGAAGGCACUGCGUUUGUACUGUGAUGUUGAACAAAUGGAUUUAUUUUUAUUUACUGAUUUAUUUAUGAACACUGUGCUCUGUAUCUAUGGCUUUUACUUUGCCAGAAUAUGAAACAAUGUGUUUUUAUUUUCUCUUAUUUAUCUAAAAAUCUCUAUGUUGAUGUUUCUGAAUGAUGUUUGAAAUAUACAGCAAUGCAUUGUGGGUAAAUGGCACAAAAACACUGUUUAGUUUCUGUUUUCAGCCUGAGACAAAAGCUAAAAUAUACAGUGAGAUGAGAUUAUUUCACCUGCUCUUUUGUUUAAAUCUUUUUCUUUUUUUAAAAAAACGAGUUGACGUGUUUCCAUUAAAAUGUGAAAUCUACCCAGUAACAGGUGAUGUAGUCUCACCUCAUUGAAUGAUUUGUUCUCCUGUUUGAAUAAAAGUCUUGAAGACUAAA